UUGUGGUCCAUGCAGAUUUUCGUGUAGUUAGCUUAUUCUGCUUUUGAUCCACCAUUCACCAUGACUACUUGACCGAUUCUUUGAAGGCGAAGUCGCAGCGAAACAAAACGAAAACCAAGAUCGAUGAUGACCAUGGCACUGCCGUCCCGUACAAAAUUGCCUCGAGCGCCGGAGGGAAUAAACGCCGUCCUGCUCGAAAGCACCAAAAAAACAUUCCGGUCAUGAUCUAGUUGUUCGGAGCCUCCUGGCGAAAGGGCGUCGAAGUCGCGCGAUUAUUUCAGGAAGAAGAACGAAAAGGCGAACCGCCUCCACCCGGCUUCGUCGUCCUGAAGCCAACAACAUGUCCAUCGCCCAGCUUUGCCCCCAACUGGGGCCGGACGAGCGGAGUGUUUUCCUGUUCCGCGACUACAUCUGUACGCCCAGUUCGCGGAAGUUCGACGAGCCUGAGCUGUUUCGCCAGCACCUGCCCUACCUCUGUCAACUGCAGCCGUUAUGGAUUCUGCUCCUCGAGGAGAGCAAGCGACCGCAGGAGCUCGCGACCGCCCUGUGCGAAGCGUUUUCCCUGGACUUCCUGGCGCUGCUUCCAUCAACGAACUACGAGGCUGGUGUCGGUUCUUCUGGGGCAUCAGCAUCUUCUUCGGGAGAAUAUAUGGCGCUACCGAUCUCCACUCUGCCGUGGCGGAUGCAGAAAGAAAUUCUGAAAUACGUAUAGAAAAGGAAAUUAUAUAUAUUUAUACCAUUUUCAACGCCAGCUUUUGUUCAAUGAGGAUUCAUUUUUAUCCCACUCGGAUUUUUGUCCCACUCGGAUUUUUAUCCCAAGAACUCAUCUCGUUCUCGUCCACAUCACACUCACAGCUCGACGUGCCUCCGAGUCUUCGCCAGGAGCGGUAUGACAUCGACGUGUUCGAAUCGCCAACGCUGAACUUCCUCGCCCAGGAAUGCGGCGGCGCUCUGCGGUUUUCGGAAACGCCGGCGGACCAGAAUAGCGGCUCCACGACCAACACCAUCCACUCCGCGAAGCAAGCGCACCAGGUUAACCUGGUGGUCCCCGAUCCGUUGCUCUACUACUUGAUCACCUUCGUGAACGUGAUCGUCCUGCGCACCGAGCACCUCGCACGGAUGAUGGAAGCCCUGGAAAUCACCAGAAGGGCGCAUUUGGGCGAAACAACAAGCACCGCAGCAGACAAGAAUAAGCAGAUGGGCCGUACUGGCUUCAUGAUUUGUUUGUUACUGUUUCUAUUAAUAAAUGCAGGCGCAUUUUUACAUAUGACUAUGAGAAAAGUCGCGUGCAAAGACCGCUUGUUUCUUACUACCUAGGUGGAGUGUUCGUAGAUGAUGCACUGAUCUCGUCGAGCAGCACGAACAAAAAAUAAUCCCAGGCGCCAUCCACAACCUGGGCAGCAAUUUCCUCACGCCGUUUUUCGCCGGCGGCAACCGCACCCUGCAGAAUCUGCAGAAGCAGGGCAGCAAAGCGAAGUUUGGGUCCUCGGAGUUCGUUUUUACAAACCGCCGAGAGUCGAAAACCUACGAAAAGCUGCUCAUUGAGUACCUGUACAUCUUUCGUGCGGGCACUGCGUCGUCUGGUUUCGGGAGUCGCUCAAACGGAGGAUUGGUAACAUCACUGAGUUGUUUCUGAUGAAGAUGUGUUUGUGUGUUGAACGCACUUGAAUCAGAAGUGCGGAGAUCUUAGGAACGGUCCUUGAAUAGGUUGUAAACACAGACUCUGACUUGUCCUCCACGAGUUGUAAGUGCAGCAAUUAGCUUCAUUCACUGUCGUGUUCCACUAAAGUAGAUAACCCAAAACUUCAGGUGCCCACCGCGUCUUCCGCCACGGGUGGUGCGACGACUGCGCAGGAGCGCGCCGGUGCGAAGUUGCGGGGCCGGCUGAGUGCGGGACAGCGCUUGUUGCACUGCCUGAUUUUCGAUAUGUGGUUCGCUUCAACCGCCGCGACUGAUUCCUCUCUUGCGCUGCCUGCGGGUGGACCACCGCCGAUCCCAAACAAUAGUAGCGCGGCUCUGCUGCCUAAAAUCGCCCGCGAGGACCCGAUGGGGGACCUACUGUUAAACAGUGCCCAGAUGCUGCCGGCGAUGCGCGUCGCGUUGCUGCACUUGCUUUGUUCCGAGCCGUUGAACAGCCUGCACGACUUCGUGUUUACGGCGGAGCGGGUGCUGCGGAAAAUCCUCGCGCACCCGGACCUGCACCUGGACUGCUUCCUCCAGGCGAUGCGCACCUGGCUGCUGCUCUGUCAACCCUGGUUGGCCAGCUUGAUCUAUCCCUACUACGUCACGGCCUACAACGGCAUGGGCGGGAAGGGGUUUCGAAAGCUGCUGAACGAAAAGCAACUGGAACACACGAUUGGCCUCGAGCCCGAGCCCGUCACGCACUUCCGGUCCGCGAACGACCGGUACGUGGUGCAGGCAACCUCCAGCCGAGGAAAGAACAGCAAAAACUCCGUUGACGCGCUGCUGCCAAAUUUGAACGCCUGGAUGGGCAUCAGCAGGUCGGAGUUUCUCGACAAUUUAGACUUUUUCGCGAAGAACGAAGUGGCAAAUUUGUUCACGGACUACCACGGUCUGAGGUCAACUAGGACCAACAUGAUGAUGACGGGAGGGAGUGGUUCAUCAACCGCCGCUGGAACAAUCCUACAGCCCAAUAUGUCCUCCUCGAGCAGUAGCUCGUAUCACACAGAAAAAAACUGGCAGGUCACAUUUGUAAUGCAAAGAUAAAUACACAAAAAGAUCUGUAUUCUAUUGCAUAUCCGAAACAGCAUGCUACGGGGCCACCCAUGACAGAUUUUUUUGUGUAUGUAUUUUUGCAUUUACAAAUAUGCCCUGCCAGCUUUUUUCUGUUUGAUAGCUCGACCCCUGGUGCGCCGCCGCGCGGCCCGACUUCGAUGCUUGCCUCCGUCGUGGACACGCUGUUUUACCCGGUCACGUUCGUCUUCGGUGGGGGAAAUAAUUCUAGAGCUAGGGGGACAGCGACUGGUGUUGGUUCAUCUGCUGCAGGGGGUGGAACGUCGACUAGAGGCAGCGCGACAGCAUCUUCGUCCUCUCCGACGCAGAGAUUCUUCGACCGCGCCCUGUACGGCCCAUCCGCGCAGUUUUUCGUGUACGGCCCGGGUCUCCACGACGACUCGCGGCUGGGUGCCGGGGGGGACCGGGAGUUCGGCAAUGUGGGCUUCAGCGAAGGCUACCGGGACUACGUCACACGGCAUUGGAGCUUGUACGCGCUGUUGCGGCAGUUUCUCGGGCACCCGGUCUUUCAAGAGUGCCGGGAGCACAUCGCGACCGGCUACCACAAGACGUCUGGCCUCGCGUCCGUGGCGGCGCUGGUUGCAGCCGGGUCGUCUUCAAGUGCGUCCUCGUCAAGGAGCAGUAGACCGGGAGCCGCACAACCCACAUCGACCCGUAGUGCGGCCUUGCGCCUGCCGAGCAGCCUCGCCAACAGCUACCGGCAGCACCGGCUUUCCGGCGCGGACCACCUGGCCAUCUACAACGAUUUUCUGUCUUUGUCCUUCGCCACCUUGAGCUGCUUCGGCGACCCGGGACUGCUGCAGGCGUUGUGGAGCAGUCAGCGCGACGGGGUUUUGCACAGCAUGCGCAUGGUGCUGGACUCGGCCGCCACGGCAGACAACGAUUCGCUCUUGCAGAUGCGGAUGGGAGUGGUGUCAUCUUCCACUGCUCCUGGCAGUGGUUAUUUGCUAGCAGGAGGAUUUUCAAGUGCCGGAGCUACAUCCGUUUUAUCAGCGUCCGCUCUGUCUCUACCACUCUCGUCCAAUUCCACCGAUUCCAAUUUCGGUCGAUCCUUCGCGGACUCGCAACCGGGGAUGCUGUCGAGCGUCUACAGUGGGCAGCACUUCGCGACGGCGAACCAGCACGCGCUGGCCAACCUUUUCGAGGACCACACCGGGGUGUUCACAGGGGACAUCAUUGAAUGCGCGAAGCCGACCGUCGCGAUGCUGGAGAAGGUCUGCGGAUUCAUGUCCACCGAAAUGGAAAGGAAAACGCAGGCAGAAAUAAACGUAAGGGCUGCAGGAGGAGCAAAGGGGAAGGCUCCCGCCGGAGGCGUCGUGCAGCCUGACCAACACAUCCGGAACGCGCAGAGGAGGCAGGCGGCGGCUUCUUCAUCGCCCGGUGGUCGGAGAAAGCAGCACGACCCGGUCAGCAGUCCGGUGAGCAACUUCAAGCAGUGCUCCUCGGUCUACAACACCGCGAAUGCGGGGGGUGCGGCCAAAAUCCUGAGCACGAAAAACGCCCAGAUGAACCAAACCGGCAUGCUAGCCAGCGGUUCCGGGCGGUCACCCCCGGCACAGCAGGCACAACUUCGCGAACAGGACUUGCUGCAGGACUUCGAAAUGGAGCGACAAGCGGCGCUAUCAAAUGCAAAAAUGUCUGGGUCUGGGAGAUUGCAAGAUUUGUCAUGCAUAUUUUGCAUGAUCCAUAAUGCCUGCGAUGCAUGGCCUAGCAUCACAGAUUUUUAGAGCGCUUCCUCAUGCCUAUUCCGCAUGACAAAUGCCAUCUCCGCGGAGCACAAAAGCUACUCCUCUUACUGGUCACGCAAUACAAAAUUUUGUCGAAUCCAGAGACAGCAUCACAAGUUUAGAGUCUUCCAGACCCAGACAUUUUUGCAUUUGAUAGGCGCUCUUUCCGCCCUUGGACAUGCGGUCCAAGCUGUACCACAGCACGCGCAAACCGAGUCCCUUACUGUCGCCCGCGCGAGCAGUGCACCACUUGCCUGGUACUAGUGUUAAUAAUCAUGGAGUAGGAGUCAUGUCUUCAACGCCUUCAUUUGCACAAACAGCAGCGGGUGAUGCGCAGCCGCGAGCCGUGCGCGCGGUCGUCGGUGGCGGCGCUUCCGUGUUGGCGGGGCCGGAGGAUCCGAACCUCUACGCGGUGCAAGGGACUGGCAGCGGGUUUUCUUGGUGGAAAAAACUGUUCUCCUUCGCGGGUGGGGACGACCGAGGACACAGUACUGUAGGCCACGUGGGUACGUCGAAACAGAAACCAGAGCAAGCUGCAGCGGAACUGCAAGCGCGGUCCAAUAGUAGGGAAAACAACAAUCACCAGGCUGGUACCGUUGAUCCACCUCAAACCACGCUUGAUUCGACGUCCUUAUCAAGAGCGCCCGGAGGCGGAGCUACGGCACAGCAGCCCGCCAGAUCUUCUAGCAAGGGCGGACCAGCAGCAGCCGUGGCACACACGAAAAACCCGGCGAGCAAAUCUCGGCCAGCAAAGGAAAAGUUGGACAAUUUGCAUCUUGUCCCGCCGAAACUAUACGACGCCUUUCCGCGGUUAAAGUACCGCCUGCGUCGCGAGACGGUUGCUUGGUCGCCCCUCUUCAACGAUUCUCUCCCAGAGGAACCAGUGUUGCAACCCUCUGGGAUGUUGGACAAGAUGACAGGUGGGGUCGGCGCGUUGCUCGGCGGUGGCGGAGGUCAACUUGUUGUACCAGGCUCCUCGACUGGAGGAGGUACUAUCUCCGCUCGAGAUCAAGUAUCUCUUGACAAUAUCAAUCCUUCGUCAUCGACAAAUAACUUCGCGGGUUCACCGUCGCAGUCAUUACGGAAGAAGUACUAUCCUGUGCAAAAGUAUCGUAUUCGUAUGAUUGCAUUCAAAAUUUCCUCAGCGUGGGAAAUAGAAUUUCUAAUGCUGAUUUGCUUUGGGAACAAGAUUUGUGAUGCGAGACUUGCAUUUGCAUUUAUACGAGUACGAUACUUCUGCAAGGCAUAAGCACAAGAUUCAAAACGAACUUUCCGUCACCGAGCUAUGGCGUUCUCAACUGUUACAUUCUCAAUUGUUACAUAAAUUUGCGAUGCAAGAAUGGCAAAAGUGAAAGGGGGGAGGUUGCACCUCUAGCAUUACAAGUUCUGCACAGAUUUAGGCGCUGUUUAGCUCUUCGCAAAUUUGUCAUGCGAAGCAGCUUUCUCGUGUGGAUCUUGAUGGUAGUUCUGCAUGACAAAUUCAUGUAACAGUUGAAAAUGUAACAGUUGAGAACGCCAUACGAGCAGUUCCUCCGGUCCGAGAAGAUGCGUCGUGACGCGAUGGAAUUUACUUCUAACUCUGGCAAUUACAAUGGGAUGAUCCACGGCGCACCACAUGCAGACUUGACGGGAGAGGACUAUAAUUCUGCCAGGCUGGAACGGGAGCGGAUCCUGCAGGACAAUCUCGACUCGAGUCUGCUUUCCGACCACAACUUCCACGCGGGGAACCCGCACCGACACUCCUCCUUGCGGAGACGGCUAGACCUGAACGCCUCCACCCAGGACCACGACGGCGAGCAGGAUGAAGUCAGCUACUACCCUGCGCCCAACACGGUCUCGCCCCUCGACUUUUCCCAGUUGCAGCCCAACAGGGAACGAACCACGUCUGGAGAUGUUGAUCGCGAUAACUACUACAUGAGGAAUUCUGUCCUUGCGGGCCAACACCACGCCUACUACUCUUCCCCGGGGUAUGGGUGUUUGAGUCCGGACGACCUGCUUCGGCGGCAGCACCACCAGCUCGCGGUUUACGAGGAGCAGCACCGGGAGCAGAAAAACCCCCUGGUCCGGCGAACGCACAACCGGGGCUUCGAAUUUGUGCAGUUCGAGGGGAACCAGUGGCAAAAACCGUGCACCAGCUACGAAUGGUGGCCGCUGCUGUGGGUGCUGCGGCAGAUUUCCUUUCUGCUGGACGCCUUGUUUUACGGCGAGGAGAUGUCGCAGUAUCAGCAGAACUACGACUCCCAGGAACACAACCAGCACCCCUGUAUCCAGUGGCCCCGGUACUUCGCCGACUGCCGGCUGGUGUUCACCUUGGGAUUGGGCUAUCUCGUUGUCGGAUUUCUCUUCCAGCAGGUAGUGGCGGUUUAGAAAUACCAGGGGACGACCCUGUAGUUUCUCGAGGCGUUCAUCAUCUUGUCGGAGAAGUAGACUUUGCACUACAGCAGACGAGAGCGAUGAAACUUCUAUGCAUAGUGGAUUUCGGAGAUCAUAGAUACGGGGACCUUACAGUGAGAAGUGAGCGUUACAACUCCUUUGUGCGAACGGGCGCGGGGGAUUUUCUUUUCCAGUGGAUGCGCGUUUUGAGGUUGAUAAGGAAAAGGAUCCAGCUAGUGGGGGUCGACGCAUGUUAUUCGGGUCGCGACAGCAGGAAAAGGAUUUAAGAAGUAAGUACCUGAGUGUGAGUAGGAACAGAGAAAGAUCCGCGACCAUGUAGUUGAUCAGAAGCUACUAGUAAAAGCGCAAGUCCAGCUGGACGAAAAGAAGACAGCUGUUCCAAGAACAACAACGUCGCAACGGCGGGCAGCAUUCUUGCUGCGUAAGUUUUUUGAAAGACGAGG